AUUCAACCACGGACUCCACACGGGCGGGAUUUUCCACACACACAGUCAAUUGAUCAAUUUUAUUUUAUUUUUUUUGGGUUUAAAUGCCAGUGGUAUUUAUAUAUAAUUUGUAAUUUAUGAAAGACAUUGAAGACCAGUGGUAUUUAUAUAGUAUAAUUUGGAUCAAACCUCAGAUAGAUUGAAGAAAUAUUUCAACAAUUCAUAGAAAAAAAGAAGAAGAAGAUUUCCAAGAAACAUGGCUACCUUGACUAUUCCUCCGACGUUAACUACUCCCCGUGAUGACGCCAUGCAUCUCUACAAAGCGUUUAAGGGUAACUUAUUUCCCCCCAAAUCAUUCUAUUGAUUUUUUUUUGUAAUUUUUACGGGUGUCCUUCUUUCUGGUGGGAAGGGGAUUAUUCUUCCUUUGUUCCUGCAAAAGGGGAUUUAUCAUAACAGAGCAACAGAUAUUUUUGGGUUUGAUUCUUGAAUGAAUUUGAAUUUCGAGCUUGCGGGGAAUUGUUACAGCACCACCCCUUUUUUCUGUUACAUGCAAUAAUGCCUUCUUCAUUGUUGUUGCAUUUUUGUGUCACAACCAUUUUAGAAUCAUGCUUUCAAUUUUAGAAUCCCUUUUGUCGUACAGAGGAUUGGGUUGCCCUUUUAAGGAAGUAGUUUGGCUCAUGGGAAUUGAUUGAGUUCAAGAGGAAAGCUUCUGUGAAUGAAUCAAUCGGGCUGAUUCUUGGACUUGGUCAUGAUUAGGCGAAAGCUGGUUCUCUUGCUUUUUUCGGGAUGGAAUGUGUAGAGAAAAAUGCUCUUAUCCAUCAGAAACUAAUGCGUAGUUGAUUUUCUCAAGUGUACACUUGUUUUGGCUUAAAAGAAUGUAAAUAUUUAUUAGGUUAGGAAGUUGAUUUAUUAUCCAUCAGAAACUAAUGCGUAGUUGAUUUUCUCAACUUGCUCAGAGUUUUCAUGCGGGAUUUUGGAUUUUUGAUGAUUUAUUAGGUUAGGAAGUUGACUAAAACCUAGUUUUGUAAAGUGCUCUUUCUACUAGGUCAAUUGCAAACUGUAGUAAUAAUUGGUCUCUCUCUCUCUCUCUCUGUACUUAAAUAGCUGCUAUGAUUCUCGGACAGCCCAUAUCUUCAGAACCACUCAACAUGCAUUUUCAGCUGGAAAAAUAAGUUCUAGCUGUUUGAUUUGUAAAAACAUUUAAACUGGGGAGGCUUUUCUUUUGGCUACUGGCUAGUUGAUAAAUGAUAACUAUGUAAUCAUGUAAACGUAUUGUUGAGUGGUGACAUUUGGUUUAUGUUGCUGACCAUUCCUAACAUGAUGGGCUUCAACAAUAAUUAACUUCUUACUGUUCUUUGGUUAUCUCUGUGUAAUCUUGUAAGUUUGUUUCUCAAGUUUUGAUCUAUAUCAUGUGAAUCUAUCUUAACUCAUUCUUCUGCAAUAUUUUUCCGCACUUAUAUUAUGUAGUCUCUUCGGGGACUUUUGUAUGUGAUACUCUGGAACCUGAUGUAGUUUUUAAAUUUUUCCUAGGAUUUGGAUGCGAUACUGCGGCCGUUGUUAACAUUCUAGCGCAUCGAGAUGUGACACAGCGUGCUUUGAUUCAACAGGAAUACAGAACUAUGUAUGGCGAAGAACUUAGCAAACGUGUGUCAUCAGAGCUUAGUGGUGAUGUCAAGCGAGCAGUGUCUCUCUGGCUGCAUGACCCUGCUGGGCGGGAUGCUACAAUAGUAGGCCGUGCAUUGCGCAUUGAUAUUGAUCUGAGAGCUGCCACUGAAGUAAUAUGCUCCCGAACUCCAACCCAGAUACGGCAUUUUAAGCAAAUCUACUAUUCAAUCUUUGGUGCUUAUUUGGAACAUGAUAUUGAGAAUCAAACCACUGGAGACCACAAAAAGCUUCUUUUGGAGUAUGUAAGUAAACCACGCUAUGAAGGACCCGAGAUUGAUAGAGCACGGGUGGAUUAUGAUGCUAAAGCUCUCUACAAAGCUGGGGAGAAGAAGCUGGGAACUGAUGAGAAGACUUUCAUUCGCAUUUUCAGUGAAAGCAGCAGUGCCCAUUUGGCUGCUGUUGAUGCUGCUUACCAUGCUAUGUAUGGGAAUUCAUUAAAAAAGGCUAUCAAAAGUGAAACAUCUGGUCUCUUUGAGUUUGCCCUGAAGACAAUUUUGCAGUGUGCUCAGAACCCUGCAGUGUACUUUGCGAGGGUGCUACACAAGGCUAUGAAGGGUAUGGGAACCAAUGAUACGACAUUGAUUCGUGUGAUAGUGACAAGGACCGAAAUUGACAUGCAAUAUAUCAAAGCCGAGUAUCGUCGAAAACAUGGAAAGAGUUUGAAUGAUGCUGUUCACUCAGAAACUUCCAGUCAUUAUAGGACCUUCCUUCUUGCGCUUUUGGGGCCAAAUCACUGAUGGAGGAACAUGAACAAUUUGUGGAUUGUAGAUAACUUAUCAGCCU